AUGAUUCUCACCAAAACAGCACCUCGGUUGCCUGUUUUUCUCAGAAUAGCUAACAUUGCCAAGAGAAGCCUUUCAGGAAAGCCAGAUGAAGUUUUCACUUCCUUGAACAACGCUUCUGAUCCGGCCAGAAACCAGUUCUUCCAGUACACUUGGGGCUCUUGGUUGAAGAACAACAAGGUGGAACGUGCACGCAGAGAGACCAGAUUUUCAAUCGAGGCUAUUUCUAGUCUUGUGAAAACUUUUAAAAUUGAGGAUGGUGCUCUUCAGAAGCCACAAACUACUGCUGAUGGCAUCACUUCUUUGAAGCACAAUUGGAACAAGGAUGUGAUCGGUGAAAGCAACUAUGAAAUCAAGUCUAUUGCAAGCAUCCACGAAGGUAAGCAUCACCGUGUGUACCGCAUUACUUUGGGCAACGGGAAGAAUCUUGCGUUGCGUAUUCCUUAUAAGUUAGACUCAGACUUUGCAAUUGAACAAAGCAUCAAGAGCGAAGCCGCCACACUUGACUUCUUGAACUUGAAGUUAGGCCUCAAUGUUCCAAAGGUGGUGGCAUUUGGCGCAACCAAGACCAAUGCCUUGCAAGUUCCAUUCAUGUUGAUGGAGCACAUAGAGGGUGAAUUGUUGAUGAGAAAAUGGGACCCUAUGGUUCCUUCCAGUGAAACUGCUGAUAAGGCUUUGAAGGAGGUCAUUGACCCAGUCAUGGAUUUCCAGGCAGAAGCUUUGGAAAUGACUUUCAACAAGUUUGGCUCUCUUUUCUUCUUCGACGAUGUCGCUCAUGAACACCAACUGACACUUCCUUAUGAUGGCGAGACCAACGAAAGCCUUAAGAACAGAUGGAGAAUCGGUCCUAGUGUUGAAAGAGCCUUUUCCCGUGGUAAAAAGCACUUGUCUGCUCAAGACGUAGGAAAGUUCAACGGACCUUGGAACUCUACCAAGCCGCUCGACUUGGUAUCUGACUUGGCCAAAAUCCAAUUGGAAGCUUUGAGACAAAGAUUGGCAUUGGUACAAGCUGAUGCAGGCAGCAGACUCGAAAGCGCCGACGAGUUGAACAAGCAAAUUAGCACUUUUGAGCAUUUAUUGAAGAUUUCCCAGACCCUUUUCAACCCAGAAUCCCAAUCGAUUAUGAACGCGGUAGAGAUGUUCAAGCCUCGCAUGUUUUUCCCGGACCUCGACCCAUUGAAUGUCAUCGUCCAAAAAGACACCGGAAAACAAUAUUUCAUUGAUUUUGAGCACACAUGUAUCAAGCCAUUUAUUUUCUUCAAUUACCCAGCCUUCGUUGCCUACCAAGGUGCAAAAAUCUACAAUCUUGAGGAAGAUAUUCCAGGGUACGCUGAGAUGGAUGACGUUGAGAAGCAGCAAUAUCAAUUCAUGUUUUACAAGACUAGAAAUGAGAGACUUUGGGAGUAUGCCCUCAAUGACAAGAGACAUGACUUGAUCGCUAUUGCAUCUCCUCACGCAAAGGUCCUCAAAGCACCUUAUUUGCAAGCUUUGGAGUGCAAAACUGACAAGGACUAUUUGUUUGUAGAGAACUCCAUUGUCCAAUUGCAAGCCAUGUGGAAUGUUUAUGUUGCUAACGGACUCGUCAACACGCAAGAAAGUGCCUUCCCAAUUUCAUACACUCAAGAACAAUUGGACCAGCACCAGCAAGAGUUGGAGAACUAUCAAAUGGAGAUUGUCUCCCAGCCAUUUGCGGCAACCGGUGGUUGGAUCCCACAGGACAUGUUCGAUGUGUUGCAACUGCAAGGCAUCAUCGUUGACGAUGGAGAUGGAAACUAUCACAUCGAGAACGAGGCCGUCUUGAAGGACAUGCCGCCUACACAAGCCGAGGAAUCGAAAUGA